UUAAAAUGCCCUUGGAGUCCUGGGGAAGAGGUUUACUGUCAAGUGUGGAGCCACAGUGUGGCGGUGGAGGCAGCAGCAAUGGGAGGCCAUACAGCACCCUAUGAAAAAAUUACGAGGAGACCUAAAAGUGGCACAUGGCAGAGUGUGGCGAUGGAGACAGCAGCAAUGCAGCAGUGUGGGGAGACGACUAUCAAGAGUCCAAUGGCAGAGUGGCGGAGCAGAAGCAGCUUCAAUUGAAGAAGAAGAGGAUGAGGAUGAAGAAGAAGAAGAUGAGGAUGAAGAAUAAGAAGAGGAUGAAGAAGAAGAAGAGGAUGAGGAAGAAGAAGAAGAAGAGGAUGAGGAUGAAGAAGAAGAAGAAGAAGAGGAUGAGGAUGAUGAAGAAGAAGAAGAUGAGGAUGAAGAAGAAGAGGAUGAAGAAGAAGAAGAAGAGGAUGAGGAAGAAGAGGAUGAGGAUGAAGAAGAAGAAGAAGAAGAAGAGGAUGAGGAAGAAGAAGAAAAGGAUGAGGAUGAAGAAGAAGAGAAGAGGAUGAGGAAGAAGAAGAAGAAGAGGAUGAGGAUGAAGAAGAAGAAGAUGAGGAUGAAGAAGAAGAGGAUGAAGAAGAAGAAGAAGAGGAUGAGGAUGAUGAGGAAGAAGAAGAAGAAGAGGAUGAGGAUGAAGAAGAAGAAGAAGAGGAUGAGGAUGAAGAAGAAGAAGAAGAAGAUGAGGAUGAA